UGAGCAACCUAUUGUUUUCAACAAAAGCAGCAGUUAUUUGACCUAAAGAAGACUUCUUCGUGAGCUGGCAUUUCUCAAAGCCGUUUUCGUACGACUACUAUAUUUAGUCAAUGUCCAAAACUUAAUUAAGCGGGGUGCUUUUUUUUUUCAAUUGCGCCACUUUCUUCUGCCUAAUAUACAACACUUUUCUUUCUUUUCUUUAUCAUUAUGGUCUCGUUCCUGACCUCUAUUCUCGACGUAUUUUCUUCAUUCGUGGGCUGUUGUAUACCCAGCUCAAACCUUAGUAUUAAUGGAAGAGCUUAUCGCAUCGUCAAGCUUUUAGGAGAAGGUGGUUUUUCAUUUGUCUAUUUAGCCCAAGAUGGUUCAGGCAAUUUAUAUGCCAUGAAAAAAAUUCGAUGUACAUUAGGUACAGAAGAAGCAGAAUUAGCACAAAAAGAAGUCGAUAUCUAUCAAUUAUUUUCACAUAACAAUAUCAUUAAAAUGCUGGAUGCUGCCACUAUCACUGAAUCAGACGGUAGUAAAACCAUAUAUAUCUUUCUACCUUAUUAUAAAAAAGGCAAUUUACAAGAUGCGAUCAAUAAGAAUAAUUUAAACAAGACACAAUUUCCUGAGGUAGAUAUACUUCGUAUGUUUAGACAAGUGUGUAUUGCUGUUCGAUACCUACACACAUACAAAGCACAAGGUGGAGCCAAAACCAUGUAUGAGCCAGGACAAGCCAUGUCACCCGAAGAAGAAAACAGACAGGAUGAAGCACUAUUACAUGGUCAACAGCACCAACCGUCUGGAGAACAACUAGAGAUGGGCAAACGAGGUGAAACAGUGCCUUGGGCACAUCGAGACAUUAAGCCCGGUAAUGUGUUGAUUUCAGAUGAUGGAGAAACACCUAUUUUAAUGGACUUUGGUUCCGCUUGUCCUGCCCGUGUUCAUAUUGAUACAAGACAAGAAGCAUUACAACAACAAGAUUUAGCAGCUGAACAAUCCACUAUGCCCUACAGAGCGCCUGAAUUAUUUGAUGUCAAGACAGGCGUCACUCUGGAUGAAAAAGUGGAUAUUUGGUCUUUGGGUUGUACAUUGUAUGCUAUGGCUUAUGGACAAUCGCCCUUUGAAGUGAAUUUAGAUCAAGGUGGAUCUGUUGCAUUGGCUGUAUUAAACAACCAGUAUAAAAUCCCACACGACAGCACUUAUUCUGAUGAAUUGAACCAAACUAUUCAAUGGAUAUUAACCACAAAUCCUGCUGAGCGUCCUAAUAUUCAUCAAGUUAUUUCAAGGCUAGAUGAACUAUUGAAUAAAAUGGGUUCAUAAAAACCAUUUUUUUUUAUUUGAGAGAUAAGUAG